UGACAGAAAUAAUGCCAUUCCCAGUAAGAUUUUGUCGAGUUUAGACUAUGGCUAGCUCCAACAAUUUGUGUUGCUUGUUCCUAUUGUCUGUCCUCCUUCAUACAUCACUUGGAGCUGGUGAUGAACCCACCCUAGACAUCAAUCCGAAUGCUCCAAAAUCCAGAGGAAGCAGAUUUGCUCUGGCCUUCAUGAACAAUGCUGCUCAAAGUUCAACUGCAACCCUACAGGAAAUCGGAAUUUUCAUCACCACUGAGCAGGAGAGCUCAAGUUUCACCCUAGAGACACGAUGGUUGGGAGUGAAUGGAAUAGGAUUCACUGAGACCUCUCCUGGAUCUGGGUUAUGGUCUCGCAUGGAAAUCGCUCGACGAGGAGAAUUCACUUUCAUCAGUCUGCCGGCAGGAUGGGGUACCCAAGGAGACAUAGCCGUGCAAAACAAUGGAGAAAUCGAUGAAGCUGAAAGACAAAAGGGAUUGUUUAUAACAGCAGAGGAUCCAAACGAUGAGCUCACUGUAUAUGUGCUCAAUGAUGAAUCUACAACAACUGAUGCGUACAUGGCUAUUAACUGUGUCGAAUUUCCAAAUGCUAAAAGUUACAAGUACUUUAUCUUUUCAUCUGGUGUGUUUGGUGGAGAGCCAUUUCAGAGUCGAUUUCUUUUUACUCCUUGUGAAAAUGACACUACUGUCAGUGUACAAGCCUCCCAAACCCAAAACCAUCCUGGUUGGGUGAACCCUAGUCCUUCAAACCCAAGUUCUCGAGUCGAAUCAACGUAUGGGAGGGCUUUCAAUCGUUUUGACACUGUGAUGACUAGCAAUAAUGUGGAUCUUACUGGCUCUAUCAUCACUUCUAACAAGCCAUUGGCUGUAUUUUCUGGGCAUCAAUGUGGAAAUCCUACUGCUGUCCGAAGUUGCGACUAUCUUGUAGAACAAGUGCCACCUCAUCCAACAUACGGUGACCUAUUUUUCAUGGCUCCCUUCGCUGUCAGACGAAGCGGUGAACUGUACAGAAUUGGCUCAGUAUCUGCUGGAGCACAAGUAACAAUCAAUUGUGAGUGUGCAGCAAGUUCAGCCGAUGGGAAUAAUCGAGUUGCACUGGUUAGCGCUGGAAAUGGUAUUUACACGGCCACAGUGGGUGCAGGACAAUACGCUGAGUGCCUAACACCUCAGAGUGCUCAGACCUAUUGUUGUGUUACGUCCUCUCAACCCGUUACUAUGGCUGGAUAUACACUCGGCCGUGAUGCUGAACCAGUUGUUUUAGGUCGCUCUGAAAAUUUUGAUCCUGCCCUAUAUUACAUACCAGCAGCUAACUCAUAUUUGAACAGCUACAGCUUCACUACAGCCAAGGAUUUGACCACUCAGUUCAACGGAUAUCUUAGCUACAUCUUGCCCACUCGUAUCUUCGAUAAUUCCACAGCAGAUCAACAAAGGUUUCUUGUAAAUGGAGAAACUGGAAUUCCUGAUGAUCAAUAUCAAGCCAUCAACUGUCGUGUGGAUGGUACUGAUCAGGUGUGUGCUUAUGGAGGUACCAGCAGCAUAGGCCAAGGAAAUUUCAACCUUACUUAUGACAACAUUCAAAAUGGAGCAUUCUGGGGAUUUGCAUACGGAUUUUCUUUUAGAGCCUCGUUUGCUUAUCCUUUGCCCUUUGAAAUGGAGCCAGUUGGACUGGCCUGGAUUCGAGCUGUGGAUCGAGUUGUAGUGGAAUCUAGUGUAACGAUAGUCGAUCUCAUGUUCAGUAUCACCCGUGGUGAUCGAUCAGAGCGUAGUAGAGCAUUUGCUUCCCUUCAAUCCCUCACAGCUGAAGAAGAUUCUGAUUAUACUGCUCCUCAACCACAAAGAAAUGGUGGGCUUGAUCAAAAUGGCAACCUGCGAUGGGGAAGAGAUGGCGCCACACUCCCCAACGUUGCAUAUGAAGUCACUAUUUUGGACGAUGACAUUCCAGAGCCAGUAGAAGUGGUGGAGGUGAUGGUGCAGUGUGUUGAAACCGAGAAUUGCUACCUGCCCAGAGCUCGGUACACCAUAACCAUUAUUGAUGAUCAAGGUGCCUGUUCUCCUGACCUACCUGCUUUCUCUGAUGGCUCCAUCUCAUACAACUAUGAGUUUUUCACAGAGAUUGGUGGUCGACCAUACGGAACAGUUGCCACGUACGAGUGUCGUACUGGAACUUUAGUAGGAAACCGAAUAAGGAUUUGUGCGAAUGGAGUGUGGUUAGGAAGUGUACCAAGCUGCGGGGCGGUGGAUUGUCCAGCACUGGCACCCAUUCCAAACGGAGCUAUUGCAUAUGAUCCUGAUACGAUUGCUCCUUUUGAUGAGGGAACAGUGGCUACUCAUACCUGUAAUGAAGGUUUCAUGCUGGGUGCCGGAUCUGAGACUCGAACGUGUUUAGAAACAGGGAGGUGGUCUGGCUUCACUCCUGUGUGCCGAGCGCAAUGUCCAGCACUAGAAAACAUUCUAAACGGAGGUUCUAUUUUAUAUUUUCCUGACUUUACUCCUGAUUUUAAUGACGGAACAUUGGCUACAUAUACCUGUGAUCCUGGUUUCCGUCUAGUCGAAAUUGCAACUCGAUUGUGCCAAAUCUCAAUGACAUGGACUGGCCAGCCUCCUGUGUGUGAACCUCUGUGUCCUAUAUUGCCGCCCGUAGACAAUGGAAGGGUUCAAUACUCUCCUGACUUCAUACCUGAUUUUAACGUGGGUACUGAGGCCACGUACACUUGCAACUUUGGGUUCCGUCUGAUUGGACAGAUGGUUUUAGAGUGUGAAGGAAAUGGACUGUGGUCAAAUUUUCCUCCAAUGUGUAAAGCUCAAUGUCCAGAAAACUGACACCUAUUCCAAACGGAGCUAUCACAUAUGGUCCGGAUAUGACUGCUGACUUUGAUGUGGGAACAAAUGCUACUCAUACCUGUAAUGAAGGUUUCAUUCUGUUGAUCGGACCUGAGAUUCGAACGUGUCAAGACACAGGGAGAUGGUCUGGCUUCAUUCCUGUGUGCCGACCGGUGGAAUGUCCAGCACUGGCACCCAUUCCAAACGGAGCUAUUACAUAUGGUCCUGAUAUGACUGCCGAUUUUUUGAUGAGGGAACAGUGGCUACUCAUACCUGUAAUGAUGGUUUCAUUCUGGGUAUCGGAUCUGAG